AUGUCGGUCGCAAGGAGAGUCGCCGGACGCACCGGCGUCAGCCAGCAGCUGCUCCGCUUUGCCCGCCCGCGGCCCGCGCAAUGCCGCGAGUCGCGUCUCGCCGCCGCGCCCGCAUGGCCAGCUUCACGACGCCUUCACAGCCAACCGCCCCGCAACGCCCAAGCCGCCCACGCCGUGAAGCCUGAGGCCGAGCCCGCCGACUCGACGAAUCCUGCGCUCGCCUUCCCGUGUCUCGACGCCCUCGAGAGCCGCUCCGCAACUCUGCAGAAGCGCUCGCUGCUUGGUCCCGAGCCCACCUACACCUCCGGCAACCAUGAGAACUUCGUCUGCAAGGAGCCCAUGCUGCUUGACUGGGGUGGAAUCCUGCCCGAGUUCAACGUGGCCUACGAGACUUGGGGGAAGCUCAAUGCCGAUAAAAGCAAUGCCGUUCUGCUGCACACCGGCCUGUCCGCAUCCAGUCACGCUCACAGCACCGAGACCAAUCCUCAGCCCGGCUGGUGGGAAAAAUUCAUAGGCUCCGGAAAACCUUUGGACACCGACAAGUAUUUUGUCAUCUGCACCAACGUCAUUGGGGGCUGCUAUGGCUCGACUGGCCCCUCUUCGACCGACCCGGCAAACGGCGAGCGCUAUGCAACCAGGUUCCCCAUACUGACAAUGGAGGACAUGGAGCGCGCUCAGUUCAAGCUGCUCGACCAUCUCGGGAUACACAAGCUCUAUGCUAGCGUCGGCUCUAGCAUGGGCGGCAUGUUGAGCCUGGCAGCUGGAGUGCUCUUCCCCGAACGCGUUGGCCGGAUUGUUUCCAUCAGCGGCUGUGCUCGCAGCCAUCCUUACAGCAUUGCCAUGCGUCACACCCAGAGACAAGUGCUCAUGAUGGACCCCAACUGGAACCGCGGUUUCUACUACGACACUAUCCCGCCUCACUCCGGCAUGAAGCUUGCUCGCGAGAUUGCUACAGUCACAUACCGCAGCGGACCCGAGUGGGAACAGCGCUUCGGAAGGAGAAGGGCUGACUCUUCCAAGCCGCCUGCGCUGUGUGCCGACUUUCUGAUCGAGACCUACCUCGACCAUGCUGGAGAAAAGUGGUGUCUGCAGUAUGACGCCAACAGCAUGCUCUACGUUUCAAAGGCAAUGGACUUGUUCGACCUUGGCUUAGAGCACCGUGUUCGCAUUAACGCCUUAAGGGCUCAGAACGAAGGCAAGCUAGCAGCUUUUGCCGCCGGAAACAAGGUUCAGGCGGCGGCGACUGCCGAUGCGUGCAAUCUAACCCUUCCAGAGCAGCCGUAUGAGGAGCAAGAGCAGUCCAAUGGUUCAUCGGCAUCUCAGGCCCCCAGUGACACUCAGGCAACUGGGCCGCCGGAACCUCCCGCAGACCUGGUAGCCGGCCUGAAGCCCUUGGCGAAUACACCUACGUUGGUCCUGGGUGUGGCGAGCGAUAUUCUUUUCCCUGCAUGGCAGCAAAGAGAAAUAGCCGAGACUCUGCGCCGUACCGGCAACAGGAACGUCACACAUGUGGAAUUGGGAGAAGAAAAGAGCUUGUUCGGCCACGACACAUUCCUUCUGGACCUGGAACAUGUGGGAGGAGCGGUCAAGGAUUUCUUGGGAUGA